AUGUUCUCCAAGUCGGCUCUUGCGGUUGCUGCUCUCCUGGGCUCCUCCCUUGUUGAUGCUCACAUGCUCCUUGUCAACCCUGAACCCUACAACUUCAAGUCCUGGGACAACUCUCCAAUCGAGGCGGAUGGAAGCAACUUCCCCUGCAAGGAAACCGACUAUACUGUCACCAAAGAGAACCAGAUGACUAAGGGUCAGCCCCAACAACUUGAGUUCAAGGGUAGUGCAACCCACGGUGGUGGCUCUUGUCAGAUCAGUAUCACUUCGGACCGACAGCCUACCAAGGACACGAAAUGGAGCGUCAUCAAGUCUAUUGAGGGUGGUUGCAUGGACCCGAAUGAGGGCGACACCAACAGCGGAACUGCCGCGGGUGCGAAGAGCUCAUUCACCCCUAGUUUUACCAUUCCCGAUAGUUUCGAGGAUGGCAAAUAUACCCUCGCCUGGACUUGGUUCAACCGCAUUGGGAACCGUGAGAUGUACAUGAACUGUGCUCCGAUUACUCUGAGUGGGGGUGGCUCGUCGAAGAGAUCGGAUGAAUCUGCUGUCAAGAAGCGUGCUGAAGAAUACCCUCCUCUGUUUAUUGCCAACAUCAACGGUUGUCAAACGAAAGAGAAAAAGUCCAUUCGCUUUCCCAACCCCGGUGACGAUGUUGAAUCCCUCAACGAGAGCCACCUUCUCGCAGACGCCAGCAGUGUUUGUGACACUGGCUCACCUACCUGGGGAGGUGAUGGCAUGAGCGGCGGCGGCGGCUCUGCCCCCGAGCCUACUUCUGCAGAUGGUGGUGCUGGAUCCGAGCCAACGCCCACCGCUUCUGUCAGCGUCGGAGGAGCUGCCGGUGUCGCCCCAAUCCAAACCGGACAGACCACUACCACUCAAGCGCCCGCCCCCGUUGCUCCCACCGCUUCAUCGACCUUCGUGUCUUCUCCUGCUGCCCCCACCGCCGCCCCAACCUCAACGCCCGGUGGCUCUUCAGGGUCUACCGAGGGUGCUCUUUCCGGCGCCUGUACCGACGAGGGUGCCUGGAACUGCGUUGGAGGAUCCUCCUUCCAGCGCUGCGCCAGCGGUCAAUGGACUGCAGUCCAAGCCAUGUCGGGCGGCACCCAGUGCACCCCUGGCCAGAACCGCGACUUUGCUGUCAAGGCUGUCGAGGUCAAGUCCCGCAUGCUCAAGGAGAAGCGCCGACGCGUGCACGGUCACAACCACGCAUAG